ACGAGCAAAAACAAGGACCACAAGCGCUAGCUCAGUUAGAUGCUUAGUGCACACGAAUUUGCUUUGCUGAACAGUCGUUACCCGCUGAAUCCUUAAACACCGGUUUAAAUAGAUUAAUACGCCAGGCUCGACUAUGGUUACUAUAAUUCGUGGCUGUGUACGGUUCGUUGACGGUUUGACGCCCUUAAAUGUGCUUAGCAUACCAAUGCUAACGUUAAGCUAAGGAGUAAUAUUAGCUGGCCAGGUGACAACUUCAAUUGACAUGAAGGCAGCUUGUGUCAAUAAAUAGGUCGCUGUGCGUCGGUAGUCCAGCCCUUUAAUGUUAAUAAAUGAAUGAAUAGCUGUUUAUUACCUGAAAUACCCACAACAGCAACAACAACAACAACAACAAGCGGAUGUAUAGUUGGAUAAUGGUGUAACGUUAACGUUACAGCCUAACAACCUGUGGUCGCGUUAGCAUUUUAAGUCGGACUCCUUGUCCCCCUUUGUUACUUUGAUUUUAUUUUCACGAACACAAGGAAUUCAUUUUUAAAACCCGCGACCCUGACUGACCAUCAUGUCGGACCUGGACACCCUCAUUGUAACUUUCCAGACCCAGCUCUCGGAUGUGAUGGAGACAGUGGUAAAGACAGCCAUGUAUGAGGUGACCAGGUUGGUGGAGGACGGAUUCCUGGAGGAGGUUCAGCGCAGGAACCAGGAGGUGGAGUCCCUGAGGAGGCAGCUGCAAUGGGCCGAGAAAAAAUUAAGUGACAAAGGGGGGAGAGAAGGAGGAAAAACUGGGAGGUGUGUGGACUGUGCCAAGGAUGAUGUGGAUCUGUCCAGUGACACUGUAGAAGACAGGCCCAAAGAACAGCAAGAUGACAUUUUGGGGGUCUGUGGAGUGAAACAAGAGGGUGACUCUGUGGAAAAGUGGGCUAUAAGUCGCACACAAGAAUACAUACCAGAGUCAACUCAGGCAGCAGACAAUCCCACAUCCACUCACAGCCCUGAGAGGGAAUCACAGGAAUGUCUCAGAGCAGAGACACCAGAAGAUGAUGUAAUGUCAGCGUUGAAUGUCAAGGAAGAAGUGAAUAAGUCGUCUUUUUCUUCUGCGCAUUGGAGUGAUACCCUCGAUGGUAAAGCAGUACCUGAAUCUCACAGUGCUGCUGAGAUGACUGAAGCACAACCAAAUCGGGCUCAAGAGAACCGUGAGGAAUUACUGAGGGAUGUUAUUAAGCAAGACCCACAGAUCUCUGCUGCAUAUGUCUUUCCUGAAGACCAGAAGGAAACACACACAGCCACAGAUCCAUCUUUAGAGGGGGACAGUGGUUGGGCUGGCCUGACCGUCACAACAGCUGGAUUGCUGCAGAAUCACUGCCUUGCAGAAAAGGACUGCGAUCCAUCCAAAACUAGAGGUCCUCUGAGGCAAACAGAACACGAGCUGUGUAAUUCUGUCACAGGAGAUGUUGAUGUUCUGGUUACUCCGAGUAGAGAUCACAUUUCAUCCUCAGCGUCCCCACAGGCAAGACUGCAAAACAGUGAUGCGCUGGGUGUGACCAUCAAGCAGGAAGUGAUUGUCGAUUCUGAUGGGUGUGUGGAAAACCUGCCUAAAGAAAAGAAAAUAAAGUCUGCGAUGGCAUUUUUGUCAUGUUCAGUUAAACAGCACAGGUUGAGUUCAGAAGCACUCAAGCAGAAUCACAUUUCCCACAAAGCCACUGUACAGGAGGUUAUGAAGCUGCAUUCCAAAGUUGGUACAGGUCUUAGACUGCAAGCUGCUAUACAGCACCUCCACCGACCAAUGAAAAAGCCCUCUCACACACUUUCCAACAGUACCACCACAACACUGUCUGUAGCUCACUCUCAGGUUGUACAUUUAAAUCCCCUCAACAGGACUCCGUCCACAUCUAAAGCCGCGCCACCCCCUCCACUCUCAAUCCAGCGAGCUCACCUUGGAGACAGACAAACCACAGCACAUCACCGAACCAGUGCUCCAUGGGUCAGCAUCAAAUCCCAUCAGUCUGCAAACUCUCAUCACACCAACCCCUUACCCCACCCAGACUCUCCCCCUCUUGCUGGCCCCAGGCACCUCCUGCGCUGUGGCCAAUGUGGGAAGUGCUUUCCCCACCCCAGCAACCUGAAGGCCCACCUGCAGACCCACACAGGUGAGCGGCCUUUCUGCUGCUCCCUCUGUGGUCGCAGCUUCACCAAGCUGAGCAACCUCAAGGCCCACCGACGGGUCCACACCGGAGAGAGACCGUACUGCUGCUUGGCUUGUGGCAAACGCUUCACCCAGAAAUGUAACCUGAAACGCCACCAGAGGAUCCAUCUGGAUGUAUGAUGAUGGACAGCUUGUGAUAAAAGGACAAGUUUGGUGUGUUUGUUUCGUGUUGAUUAGGAUGCUACAGUGUCUUCCUUUGCAAUGUUUGAAAUUGCAAAAAUUGUUUCUUGUGUACUCGUCUCUCAAAGUGAUUGUCCCGAGUAAUUUUUUGCAUUCUAGAAAGAUUCAUCCAGUACCUUGUUGUAGUUAUUAAAGGAUGAAAAGCAGUGUAUUGUGAAUCAUGCACAGAGAUAGGUCAAUUGUCAAUUGGUCAAUAAACAUUUAUUCUGUUAA